UAAUAGAAAUAGUAAUGGAUUUAGGAAAAAAACCUGAGGCAAGAUUUUCUGACCAUGUUUAUUAUAUAUCAAAUAAAAAUAUCAAUUGGCAAGAUAUUAACUAUUGUAUAAGAAGACUAGGAAAAUUCAAUGUAGACAAUAGAACUGGUAUCAAAAAUACCUUACACAGAAUAAGUUCUAUCAAUAAUAGAGAAGGGCAAGUUGUUGGCUUGACUUAUCGCGUAGGACGAGCAGUAUUAGGCAAUAUUAACAUAAUUCGUGAUUUAUUAGAAAUAGGUCACUCUAUUUUAAUAUUGGGGAAACCAGGUGUCGGUAAAACAACUGCUAUAAGAGAAAUAGCAAGAAUUUUAGCUGAUGAGAUUGGUAAACGGGUAAUUAUUAUUGAUACUUCUAAUGAAAUUGCAGGUGAUAGUGAUAUAGGGCAUUUUUCAAUUGGCAGAGCACGUAGAAUGCAAGUAAAACAUCCUCAAUUACAACAUCAAGUAAUGAUUGAAGCGAUAGAAAAUCAUAUGCCAGAAGUGAUCAUUAUUGAUGAAAUUAGUACUGAAUUAGAAGCAAUUGCUGCUAGAACAAUCGCUGAAAGAGGUGUUCAAUUAAUUGGUACUGCUCACGGAAAUAGUUUAGAAAAUUUAAUUCGUAAUUUUACUUUGUCUGAUUUAAUUGGUGGAAUUCAAUAUGUUACAUUAGGAGAUGAAGAAGCUCGUAAAAGAGGAACUCAAAAAAGUAUUUUAGAAAGAAAAUCAUUUCCAACUUUUAAUAUUGUUAUUGAAAUUCAUCAACUUUAUUCUUGGAGAAUUCAUCAGGAUGUUGAACAAAAUGUGGAUAGGAUCUUACAAGGAUCUAGACCUAUUUUACAAGAUAGAUUUAUUAGUUUAGAUAAUAAACAUAUUAUUAAAUAUUCUCAAUAUAAUAAUAAUGAAAUUAUAAAUAGUAAUAAAUCUAAAUUACAUUCUAUUAAAGAACAUUCCAAUCAUUUGUUGCAUGAACUAGUUAAUAAAAAUAUGAAUAUAAAUCAUAAAAUCUAUCUAUAUUUGCAUUCAUUAAGUUAUAAAGAAACACAAUCUUGUAUAGAUAAUAUGCAAUUACCGAUAAUAUUAACAAAAAGCUUAGAUAAUGCUAAUGCCAUUUUAGGAUUAAGAAUACAGACAAAAAACACUCCUAAAUUGAGAGAAAUAGCUAAAAAUAAGAAAAUUCCUAUAUAUGUGAUUAGUAAUGAGACUAUACCACAAUUAAUAAAAGUAUUAAAGAAUAUAAUUAAUUCUUACGAUUUUAAAAAAGUUUAUAAAAAUACACACAUUUUUGAUUCUUUAAAAGAAAUGAGAAUGGCUAUUCUUAAUAUAGUGCUUUCUAAAAAUCAAACGGUGGAAUUACUACCUAGAAUUGCUUAUAUAAGAAAGUACCAACAUAUACUUGCUGGAUACUUUAAUCUGUAUGCAAUAAGUGUUGGUAAAGAGCCAUUUCGACGUUUACGUAUUUAUCCUAGAUCUUUAGCAUAGUUUUUGACACUAAUAUUAAUUUAUAUUAAAUUAAUAUUAAUCUAA